GCUCUGCUCUCCUUCCUUCCUGCCUGCUCGGUGAAUCGGUGUGGGAUUAAUCCGGCCUGUCGGUGUUAGCAGCCGCUGCUCGUCGUUGUCGGUGCCGUUUCUGCAGCUAUUGAUCAGCACACGACCGGUGGAAACAUUAUCUUUGCUGGAUACAUAAACACCGAGCCCGGCGAGAAGCAUGUCCACCGCCCUGGAGAGCUACAUUAACCGAACUGUGGCCAUCGUCACCUCAGACGGCAGGAUGAUUGUGGGCACUCUGAAGGGCUUCGAUCAGACCAUCAACCUGAUCCUGGAUGAGAGUCACGAGCGGGUGUUCAGCUCCAGUCAGGGGGUGGAGCAGGUGGUGCUGGGACUCUACAUCGUCCGAGGAGACAACGUGGCGGUGAUCGGGGAGAUCGACGAGGAGACCGACUCCACCCUGGAUUUAGGAAACAUCCGGGCCGAGCCGCUCAACUCUGUCGUCCACUGACCCCCCCCCAAACCAUCUCCAUGGCUCGCUCGCUCCUCGCUGAUGCCAGACGCUCAGCACCGAGCAGUAAAUUCAGAUUUAUCAUCUACAUUUAUCUUUCUUUUUUUUUUUUUUGUCUCAUCACUCGGCUGCUGAGUCGCACAACCGUCAAACAAAGCUGGUGCCCGCGCCGCGGACUCUCCAUCGUGAGGCGUCUUGGCGGCACCUCGUAGUGGAUAGACUUACGCGCUCGAACGAAGCGGCGGAGGGCAACUGUGCUGCACUGUGCCGUAAACGGGGAGUGAUUCAGGACGCGGCAUCAGUUGUGCGGACGAGUCUCACGGGAGCCGCUUUUAACGCCGGAUCGGCUGAGACCUCCUGGAACCUGUAAUAUGGACUGAAACGAUUGAAAAUAAACAAUUUAUCCAGAAAACAACCUUCUUUCAGUAACCGGCUCCUGUUGUGACGUUUUUCUGUUUUGGAUUUUUUUAUAAAUAAAGAGGUGAAUUGUUAAAGUGGUUAGAUGAACUUUUUUAUGCUUUGAGGCUUUUUGUCAGGCUGUGAUUGUUUAAUAAAGUUUCAUUUCUCAUA